UCGCUUUACCGAGCGCUUCCCGGUUGGCGCCCGACCCAAUCGGCUCCGCAGCUGCGCUCGCGUCACCGGCGCUACGUCAGCGUCUCGACGCGCCAGCGGCGGAGGCGGUCCCCGCGGCUCUCCUGCGCCUCGCCAGGCAACGCGAUCGCUGCGGGUGCUCCCUCCGCUCUAUGGUAACCAUAGAGAUCCACGGCGGUGGCGGAUCAAUACUGGGACGGCGGCGGCGGCCGUGGCGCCGUGGGGAACAUGGCGACGCUGGUGCUGGAUAACGGCGCCUACAACGCCAAGAUCGGCUACAGCCACGCCAACGUCAGUGUUAUUCCCAACUGCCAGUUCAGAUCAAAGACUGCACGCUUGAAAACCUUCACGGCAAAUCAACUGGAUGAAAUUAAAGAUCCCUCUGGUCUGUUUUAUAUCCUGCCUUUUCAGAAAGGUUACUUGGUGAACUGGGAUGUCCAGAGACAAGUUUGGGAUUAUCUUUUUGGAAAAGAAAUGUAUCAAGUGGAUUUUGUAGAUACCAAUAUUAUUAUUACCGAACCUUAUUUUAACUUCACUUCAAUACAAGAAUCCAUGAAUGAAAUCCUAUUUGAAGAAUAUCAAUUUCAAGCAGUUCUUAGAGUAAAUGCUGGAGCUCUUAGUGCACACAGGUAUUUCCGGGAUAAUCCAUCUGAGCUGUGUUGUAUCAUUGUGGACAGUGGAUAUUCUUUUACACACAUCGUACCUUAUUGUAGAAGUAAAAAGAAGAAAGAGGCAAUCAUCAGGAUUAAUGUUGGAGGAAAGCUCUUAACCAACCAUCUGAAGGAGAUAAUAUCAUACAGGCAGCUACAUGUCAUGGAUGAAACACAUGUAAUUAAUCAAGUAAAAGAAGAUGUGUGUUAUGUUUCUCAAGACUUUUACAAGGACAUGGACAUUGCCAAAUUGAAAGGAGAGGAAAACACUGUAAUGGUAGAUUAUGUUUUGCCAGACUUCAGCACAAUCAAAAAAGGAUUUUGUAAGCCAAGGGAUGAGAUGGUGCUAAGUGGAAAAUACAAGACUGGUGAACAAAUCCUUCGUCUAACAAAUGAAAGAUUUGCAGUUCCAGAAAUACUCUUCCAUCCUUCAGACAUUGGUAUUCAAGAGAUGGGAAUUCCUGAAGCCAUUGUUUAUUCUAUUCAGAAUUUACCUGAAGAAAUGCAGCCUCACUUUUUCAAGAACAUAGUUCUGACUGGGGGAAACACCCUUUUUCCAGGCUUCAGAGAUCGUGUUUAUUCUGAAGUUCGAUGUCUUACUCCAACUGAUUAUGAUGUUUCUGUUGUUCUUCCUGAAAACCCUAUUACUUACUCUUGGGAAGGUGGGAAGCUCAUUUCUGAAAAUGAUGAUUUUGAAGACAUGGUAGUAACUAGAGAAGAUUAUGAAGAACACGGACACAAUAUCUGUGAAGAGAAAUUUGAUAUAUAGAUACUGUAGUUGGAUACGUUGUUUUUCCGUUGUUUUAUGCAGAAUGGAACUAUGAACUACAACCUCUUCUUUUAUCAGUUAGGAUUGUGUUUUAGCUUUCCUGUAUUUAAGUGGGUUGUGAAAAAAUAAUUUUCAGAAUUUAAAAAUAAACUUUACAAGCCUAAUGCUGUGAAAUAGUAUGUUUGUUGCCAUUUCAUUAUCAUCUAUUAUUGAUAGCUUUAUUGUAUUCUAAUUGCAGAAAACAAUGAGUUAAUAAAAAUACUGAAUGCUUGUA